AUUGAUUUUCCGUUGACCUGCAAAAGAUACCCAACCUUCGGUGCUGUAUCUCGAAAACCUGGUUUAACCAUUUUAGCGGUGGAUGUAAGUUCAGCUUGAGCAGGAAAUGUCAGUUGGUUUUUCGCGACGAGCCUUGAAAUCUCGAUUAAUUUAGCAAGAUGCUACGAUCUAGCAUUUGCCACAUUGACGCCGACGCGGCCAUAUCGUAAGAUGCUUCUUUCAAAUUCAUUCGUUUAAAAUGUCCAGUAGCUGGUUAAACUACAACAAAAGCGAAGACUCGCACGAGGACAGCCUUUGCUCGGUUUUCAGUAAAUAUUAUCCUCCCGAAAAUGAAGUCUACGAAAUUAGAAACGUUUGGGCUUCGAACUGUUUCGAAGAGUUCUGCGUCAUCCGGCAGAUGGCCAAACGUUACAAGUACGUAGUCGUCAAUACCAAACACCCAGGUCUGAUAUUUCGCAACGAUUUCCCAGAUCAGUCCGAUUACACGUACGAUUUAAUGCAAAGGAAUGUAAACCUACUUCAAGUAAUACAAAUAGGAUUAUCGUUCUUCGACUGCUUGGGUAACUUAGCCAUACCUAAUCACACAUGGCAGUUUAAUUUCAAAUUUGAUCUCGAUAAAGAUACGUACGCGCCGGAAGCUAUAGAAUUAUUGGCAGCUGUAGGAAUACCUUUCGAUAAACAUCGAGACGAAGGUAUCGUUCAUACGUAUUUCGCCGAAUUACUCUUAACUAGCGGUUUAGUCCUAGUCAACGAUAUAACAUGGGUUGGCUAUAACUGCCUUUACGAUUUCGGAUACUUGAUACGUUUACUCACCAAUUUCAAUUUACCGUUGAAUGAGUUUGAUUUCUUAGAAAAGUUGUACUUGCAUUUUCAACGUAUUUACGAUGUUAAGUAUUUGUUGACGAGUUGCAAACAUUUGUGCGAUAAUCUCGAUGAUGUGGCUUCUCAACUUCAAAUUAAUCGCACCGGACCGAAGUAUUAUGCCGGUAGCGAUGCUUUACUCUCCGGUAGAGUUUUCUUUAAAUUGAAAUCGUGGUAUUUUGAGAAUAUGAUCAACGAUAGAGUAUAUUGUGGAAGAGUGUGUGGGUUGUGCUCUAGAGGAGCUGUUGUAAAUUUUAAACAGGAUUUACACGCUAUUUUGAACGAUAAUUUUUAACAUUCUUUUUGCUUUACGUUUUAUGUAAGUAAUAUAAUUUCUUCGUUCGUUACUUAAUUGGAAUAAAUGUGAAGAGUUUUCUCAUUAUUACCUACAUUUAUUUUAACAGAACGUUAUUAUAAUACGACGAUAUUAUUAGUUCUUUAUUAGAUUCUAAUGGCUUUGAACAUUGCUAUCAUUCACUGCCCAGUGCCCACUUAAUACCUAUUUAAAUGGGCGUACAUCGAUGAAUUCUUUAAAUAAUUAUUAGGGCUGCAGCCAUUCGUUAGAUACCUACGAGUCUAAAACAAAAGGUACCUAUUAUAAUAAAAAAUUUUGUAAUCUGAAGAAUAAACUGAAUUUUGAAAAACACCUACUCGAGGACCUACUCCUAUUGUAAUUUAUAAAAUCUCCAACUACCGAGAGAAGCCACAAAGAAAUAGAAAUUUGGAUAAUAGAUCAUUCAGCCAUAUUUCGACGAUGCAUAUGUUUUAAUUAUUUCAAGUAUGCUCAUCGGUCAUCAUCUUGUACUCAGCCUAGCGCAAUUUAAAACUGUGAGAAAAUAUUAGCCUAUUUUGAGGCUACAUAAUGAAAAUUCUAAACCUGAUAAAACUUCUUGAAUUGGUAGGUAUCGCCUUUGGCUAGAAUACCGUAUCGAGUGAAGUGAUCUCAUACAUUUUUUAGAGUUACUACUGCCAUCGUACCAAAACUUCAUGGGUGCAUUGUACCUACUACAUUUUUUUGUUCUAUCUAUAUGUAGUUGGCAAAUAUUCAAUUAAUAUGUACGUACUUAAUGUAAAUCUUGAAUUGUGUGUGAAUAAUAAAAAAAUAAACUAUUAUAUGUAA